GGAGGACUCAGGCGGAUGCUCAGUUGAAUGUAGCAGCUAGCGUGAUGAUGCUAAGCUAGCUGUCAGCCAGGCAUCCACGGGUUUCGCUGCCGACUUUAGCCGCCGGAUGCUCCGGGUCGUGUCCCGCUGGCCGUCUUGACAUUCCCUCCUCAACACUCCCGGACGAAUUCGUGUCGACUGACCAGAGUCCGCGAAUUCAGGUCCAACCCCGACGGAACCUCUUCCCCCCCGACACAGACACAUACACACCGCUAGCGUCGCUUAGCUCGCCGGGCUAACGAGACCGACACCCGGGGUCUGAGGAGAGAGCUGUGUGACCGGUCAGACUUGGAGGGCCACACCCAGACAAGAUGUCCCUGCAUCAGUUCCUGCUGGAGCCCAUCACCUGCCACGCGUGGAACCACGACAGGACGCAACUCGCCAUCAGUCCCAAUAACCACGAAGUUCACAUCUACAAGAAGAGCGGCAACCAGUGGGUCAAGACCCACGAGCUGAAGGAGCACAAUGGACACAUAACAGGCAUUGACUGGGCUCCCAAAAGCGACCGUAUAGUGACGUGUGGCGCCGACCGGAACGCCUACGUGUGGUCCCAGAAGGAGGGCGUGUGGAAGCCCACGCUGGUCAUCCUCAGGAUCAACCGAGCCGCCACCUUCGUCAAGUGGUCUCCACUGGAGAACAAGUUUGCAGUCGGCAGUGGAGCUCGACUCAUCUCCGUCUGCUACUUUGAGUCUGAGAACGACUGGUGGGUGAGCAAGCACAUCAAGAAGCCGGUCCGCUCCACCGUCCUCAGUCUGGACUGGCAUCCCAACAACGUGCUGCUGGCGGCUGGCUCCUGUGACUUCAAAUGCAGGGUGUUCUCAGCCUACAUUAAGGAGGUGGAGGAGAAACCAGGCCCCACACCCUGGGGCAGCAAGAUGCCAUUUGGGGCUGUGUUAGCAGAAUUUGGAGGAGCGGGUGGAGGAGGUUGGGUCCACUCUGUCUCUUUCUCUGCAUCUGGUAACCGCCUGGCCUGGGUCAGCCAUGACAGCACUGUCACUGUGGUGGACAGCUCCAAGACUGCCAGUCCUUCACAGAUGAAGACGGAGUUCCUCCCUCUCCUCAGUGUCCUUUUUAUCUCAGAGAACAGUCUGGUAGCAGCGGGCCACGACUGCUGCCCCAUGCUGUUCCGCUGCGACGACGGUGGAACGCUGACGUUCGUGUCGAAGCUGGACCUCCCGAAGCAGAGCAUCCAGAGGAACAUCUCUGCCAUGGAGCGCUUCAGGAACAUGGACAAAAGAGCCACCACCGAGGACCGCAACACCGCCCUGGACACACUGCACCAGAACAGCAUCACCCAAGUGUCUAUCUAUGAAGGAGACAAAAGGGAUUGUCGCAAGUUCUGCACCACAGGCAUCGAUGGAGCGAUGACUAUUUGGGAUUUCAAGAGUCUAGAAGCUUCUAUCCAGGGUCUCCGCAUCAUGUGAAGAAAUCUUGUGAAUGAAUGAAGAAACGCCGCAGCCUCACGUGUCGCCCCCCCCCCCUCCUUCCUCGCCCUCACCCCUCCCUCCCUCCCUCC